AUGGAAUUCGGAGAAGGAGAUUCGCCCUGGGGCGACGUGCCAUCGCAGUCGUCCAAGCCCCCAUCCAUAACCCAGUCGUCGCAAGAGGCCGAGUCCUCGCAGCCGUCAUCCCAGCCGUCCGUCAAGGCACCGGCAGCUCGGGGGCCGCGAAAGCCCAUCCGCCGACUCCAGGCGCAACCGACGACAAUCCAAGCCGACGAUCCCCUCGGUCCCUUGGGCCCUCUCGGCGAUAACAAUGCUGCUCCAGGCCUCGACUCACAGGCUGAUGAGCCGCCGGCGCCGCCGCAGAAGGAGCAGCUGCCGAUCCGCACAACGAUGCCCCCGUCUGCGCGACCUCAGUCUGGGCCGAGAGAUCCUCACUAUAUCGACGACGACGAUGAUGACCGACCCCUGGGUCCAAAGGUACCUCCUCCCGUGCAAUCGGCGCAGCCUAGCCAGGUCAGAAGUGCCACUCAACCCAGCGUGGCCGUUGAGCAGGCAGCCAAGCCAAGCUUCAACAUUACUGUCGGCGAUCCAUACAAGGUUGGCGAUCUGACCAGUUCGCACAUUGUCUACUCGGUCCGAACGAAAACAACGUCAAAGGGAUACAAGCAACCUGAGUUUGAGGUCAAGAGGAGAUACCGGGACUUUCUAUGGCUUUACAACACCAUGCACGGCAAUAACCCAGGUGUGGUUGUUCCCCCGCCUCCAGAGAAGCAGGCCUUGAACCGUUUCGAGACCAACUUUGUCGAGUCUCGUCGGCAAGCAUUGGAGAAGAUGUUGAACAAGAUUGCUGCCCAUCCGACACUGCAACAUGACCCCGACUUGAAGCUGUUUCUCGAGAGCGAGUCAUUCAAUGUCGAUGUGAAGCACAAGGAGCGCCGCGAGCCUAUCCCAGGGGAGAGCAAGGGUGUCUUCAGCUCAUUUGGUCUGAGUGUUGGCAGCAGCAACAAGUUCGUCGAGCAGGAUGACUGGUUCCACGACCGCAGGGUGUAUCUUGAUGCUCUUGAGAAUCAACUUCGGGCACUGUUGAAGUCUAUGGAUACAAUGGUAAACCAGCGCAAGGCCAUGGCUGAAGCUGCCGGAGACUUUUCAGCAUCACUUCAUGCUUUAUCGACUGUCGAAUUGAGCCACACUCUAUCAGGGCCUUUGGACGCCUUAUCGGAACUUCAAAUCACCAUUAGGGAUGUGUACGAUCGCCAAGCUCAGCAGGACGUGCUCACAUUUGGCAUCGUCAUUGAUGAGUACAUUCGCCUGAUUGGCAGUGUAAAGAAGGCAUUUGAUCAAAGACAAAAGGCAUUCCACAGUUGGCACAGUGCCGAAUCCGAGAUGCAAAAGCGCAAGGCCAGCCAAGAUAAACUCCUCCGUCAGGGCAAGUCACAACAAGAUCGACUUAACCAGGUGAGCGCCGAGGUGGCCGAUGCUGAGCGCAAGGUACACCAAGCUCGACUCUUGUUUGACGACAUGGGCCGAUUGAUGCGCGCCGAGCUUGACAGGUUCGAACGCGAAAAGGUGGAGGACUUUAAGAGUGCUGUUGAGACAUUCCUAGAGAGCUCCGUGGAGGCUCAAAAGGAGCUUAUUGAAAAAUGGGAGACAUUCCUCAUGCAACUGGACGCUGAGGACGACGAGACCGUUUUUUACCGACCGCCCGUCAUUGACUCGGGCGCUGGCAAGAGACCUGCUGGAGACACUGCCGUGGACAGAGCCAGAGCGCGGAUAGAUGAUGAUUCUGAUUAA